UAUUGGAAGCUGUUAAAGUGGUUGCUAUGAGACCUUCUCCAGCUAACACAGGCACAGCAGUGAGUGUGAGGCUGACAAAUCACACCUCUUGCAUUAUACCUUUCCUUUCUGCCUUUUUUUUUUUUUUUCCUAGCACAGCUUUUAUAGUUGUUCAAGAUCAGGGAAAGCACCUGCCAGUUGCUUUUUUCUUCGUUUUGCUCCCUUCUUCUGCCUCGUGCAAGAUGGAGCUAGAAAACGAAAUGAUCAGCUCCUCCAGCAAUUCUUCAGCAGGCUCCAGAGAGUACAAGGUGGUGAUGCUGGGAGCAGGGGGAGUUGGCAAAAGCGCAAUGACAAUGCAGUUCAUAAGCCAUCGGUUCCCUGACUAUCAUGACCCAACUAUAGAGGAUGCCUAUAAAACUCAAGUCCGAAUCGAUGAUGAACCAGCCUAUUUGGACAUUCUAGACACUGCUGGGCAGGCAGAAUUCACAGCCAUGAGGGACCAAUACAUGCGAGGUGGAGAAGGCUUCAUUAUCUGCUACUCCAUCACAGACCGCCAAUCCUUCCAAGAAGCUGCUGAGUUUAAGGAGCUCAUUUAUCGUGUCCGGCACACCUAUGACAUCCCUGUGGUGCUGGUGGGAAACAAAAUAGAUCUUGAAGAGUUCAGACAGGUCUCAACUGAAGAAGGAAUGAGUUUAGCCAGAGAAUACUCCUGCUCCUUUUUUGAGACUUCAGCUGCGCUCCGCUUCUACAUUGAUGAUGUCUUUCAUGGACUAGUGAGGGAAAUUCGAAGGAAAGAGUCCUCACUGCCCAUGGUGGAGAAGAAGAUGAAGAGGAGGGAUAGCCUGUGGAAGAAACUGAAAGGAUCCCUGAAGAAAAAAAAGGAAAAUACAACCUGAUGGCAAUUCUCCAGGAGCCAUCCUUCAGGAGCUGACCAUGGUAACCUGUAAUUGCUCAAAGAGGCAGCACUGGGACAGCAUCUUCCAGAGCAGGUUCUGCAGUUCCCUCCCUUCAGCCCUCAUGCAGGAGUAGCUCCUUGAAGGACCAAUUCAUGGUUGCCCUGUGGCUCUUCUGUACUAUAAAUAAAGUCAUUUAUCAUA